AUGGCUCGAAAGAAAUCGCAAGUGCACGUAACGGACAAUUUUGAAUGCGAGGAAGAAAGAGGUCGUACUGUACUCAGAAUGGUUGGGAGAGCUAUUCAGGUUGGCACAAAAAUCCCUUUACAGUGGCAUACAACUCGGAGAAUCCCUAUCGGUGUUCAUAGAGGUCAUUUCUCCACCUACAUUGGUGUAGUUGUCCGUGAAAAAGUGAGCAUCACCUACAGAAAGUGGUCAGACCUGCCAAAAGCACUUCUUGAUGAUUUGUAUGACAAUAUUUCGUACCUGAAAGAUGGAACAAUCAAUGAUUCUCCACCAUUGAAAUAUCCUUUCAUAUCUAAAGAUGAUUGGGAAAAAUUCAUUCAGGCUUGUAAUUCUAGGGACUUCAAGAAAUUGAGUGAAAGAAAUCGUGAAAGUUCGAAGAAGAGGACCUCAAAAUAUCGAGGUGGGAGACUUGGCUAUCAAUAUUUUGAAGAAACAAUUGAAAAAGAGCUGGAGAAGCAAGGAGUACAUGUUUCAUACGUGCCUCGGCAUUUGACUUGGAUUAAAGCUCAUUCUCAUGUGAAGAAUGAAGUUUUAGCUUUUGAUAAUCCUGCAGAUAAGGAAAUCCAUGAUGCAAUAAUUAAGUUGGAGACGCAAGUUCAAAAAGGUGAAAUACAUGUUACUGGUAGAGAUGACAUCUUAGCAAGAGCGUUGGACAAGCCAAAACGGGGUGGUUCUGUUAGGGGUGUUGGAUCUGGAGUAACUAACACAGAGUACUUUGGGUUCAACAAACCACCUGCACCUAGCGAAGUCAAUGCUAAAAUGAAUGCGAUGAACUCAAAGAUGGCAUCUAUGAUGAAGCAGCAGAAUUUUAUAGUGUCAUUCAUGAUGUCAUGCUUGAACCAAGAGCAAUUGAGAGCAUUCAUGGCUGGUGGUGCUCAGCAAGGUGUUUUUGGUGGUGACACUGACACUACAGGUUUAGGUGGUCUGCUUGGUGUUUCUGGUAAUAAUUUCUGUUUUGGUGGCGACUCCAAUGGUUCUAAAAACCAAGGGGCAGGUGGUAUUGUGUUCGAUGAUGCUCAUAUAGACAACACUUUUGGUCAUGAGAUCCCAUUGACACAACUCUUAAUUGGAGGUAUGGAACGCCAUAAUGGUAAAGGGCCACAAUUUAGACACGAUUCACCAGGGGAUAAAUCUCAUGAAGGGGCCUACUAUGCACAUGAAAUUGAGUCAAAUACAGAAGCUCAUCAUACAAACAGCCCUAUUGUGCAUCAGCCUCAUCUUCAGAACCUUGAGACAGAGCCAUAUCGUGUCCAAUGGCCUGAGGUGAACCAUAUCGAUCAAUCUGCACAUACCACAACCCCCGCACAGCUAAGUCAAGUAGUGGACAUCAUUAGCACCCAUACAUUUCCCGAGGGAUGGAGUGACUGUUGCUUGGCAAUUGAGGGAAGCGACAAAUCUCUACAAGUUGUUGCUAACGGAAAAGUCCUCAUAGAAAGCAGCACCGAAGUUCUUGGCAAUCAUAACACAUUGUUGCCCCCUGGUCAUCGUUGAGUCACCAUUACAGAAGAUAUUGUGCCAACUGCUCCUCUGCCAUGCCCAAACGAUGAAUUGCUUUUUGUAUGUCAUGCUAAGAGAUCUUAUACAGCUUGGCCUAAUCAUUUGAUUUUCCCCAAAAAGGUAGUAUUCUUCCUUGUUUUUAAGCUUCUGUCCGCUACUGUCUUUAAGCUUCUUCAUAUUUUUUUCUUUAAGCUACUGACUGCUGUGGCAGCGGCAGCAGCCCUGCCUGCAGCGGUAGCAGCUUGGUUUUUCGGUUCCUAUGCCCUCUUAGUUUUUGAUAAAGAAGUUGAUGUGACCACACCAUCCCCACAAUCUACAUCCUCCCACGCAUCAACAACUCGUAAGUAUGUUAUUACCGACAAGGAUCGUGAGAAGGUGACAUCUACUUUGAUGCGUGUUAUGAGAAAAAAAGCUAUGGGGAUGCAAAAGACUGGCGAUACCAUCUCUAUCACUAUUCCAGAGAGCAUGUUUCUUAAUGAAAAUGGGUUAAAUGUUUCACUUGAUUACGAAGACUUGCUUGAUUGGUGUUUCCAAAGGGAGGUUGGAGAAUCGCAAAUGAAUAUAUUCAUGAAGAUCUUGAAAGAACAUUGUCACAAAGAAGGUAUCUCGGGAAUGUAUGGGUUUUGUGACUCUAAUGUUCUAUUGCCUUUGACACCAACGACAAACGAGCAAGUUCGAUCUAACUAUCUAGCUCGUGUUUUUGGGUGCAAUGAGGGGAAGAACUAUAAUCAGCUAUUCUUUGCUCCUUUUAAUGACAAUAUGCAUUAGACGUUAGCUGUUAUUAGUCCGUGGAAUGGGUUGGUGUAUUGGCUAGAUCCACUUGGAGCAGAAAAUAAAAUCAACUCAUUCGCUGAAAAGAUCAUCACUGAAGGAAUCAAACAAUUCAGCUCGGUCCAUCGGAAGGACAUCAAGAAAAUAAAAAAGAAUGCAUAUAUUAGGUGGGAGCAACCACAAUGUCCUCGUCAACCAGCAUACACCAAGUAUUGUGGAUACUUUGUUUGUCGAUAUAUGCUAGAUAUUGUGCAGAAAAGAGUGUUAUGGGUUUCCAAGCAAGUU